AUGCUCUUCGGUGUUAUUGCUACCUUCAUGUUUUUCUGCUUCCUCGGCAUGAUUUACCUGCCCGACCUGAAGGGCAGUCAGCUGUACAGCAAGUACAUUGUGGCACAGGCCGAUUCUUUGGGGCCCAAUCUGCUCGGCCUACCAGUGCCUCCGCUGGAGUCUGAUCAUCUUCAAAACAAUGAAAAUGGUGAAAGCCAGGCGGUCCUUCCACGACCACGAGGUCGCUACGAUGACGAGCUUAGAUUGAAGGCAAAGAUACAAGAACAUUUUAACCUAAGUCAAGAAGCUGUGAUACCUAAACCCAAUUUAAUUCCGCCCAUCAAACUGGCAGAGUCCAGUUCUGCCUCAGCACAGAUUUCAAUGCCAAGCUUGAACGUUAGUCAGCUGCCUGACGGCGACGACCCUGACCCUGAGGUGCGCAAGAAGAGAGAUUUUGUCAAAAACAUGAUGAUCAUCUCAUGGGACAACUACAAAAAGUACGCCUGGGGUGACAAUGAACUGAAGCCCAUCUCAAAACGCGGCCAUUCAGCUGGCAUCUUUGGCACUUCUAAAUUAGGCGCAACUAUUGUCGACGGCUUGGACACGCUGUGGAUCAUGGGCCUGAAAGACCGUUUCAAGGAUGGCCGUGACUGGAUUGAGGGGCACCUCACCCUGGAUGUCACAACGGAGAUGUCCGUUUUCGAGACCAUCAUUCGCUUUGUGGGGGGCCUUCUCACCUGUUAUGCCUUUACCAAAGACGAGAUUUUUCUGCGUCGCUCAGUGGAGAUCGCCGACAAAAUGCUGCCCGCUUUCGACACACCCACUGGACUGCCUCAUUCUCUCAUCAAGCCAGCGUCUGGCGCAAGCAAAAACUACGCUUGGGCUUCACAGAGCAACAGCAUUCUCGCUGAGGUGGGCACGCUGUACCUGGAGUUUGCCUACCUAACAGCCGUCACCGGUGAUAAGAAGUACCUCGAAAAGGUGGAACGAAUUCGUGAGCUGCUCGACUCGAUCGAGAAACCAUUUGAUGGCCUCUACCCAAAUUACAUCAAUCCAAAGACGGGAAAAUUCGGUCAACAGCACAUCUCGGUGGGUGCCCUUGGCGACAGUUUCUACGAGUACCUGCUCAAGACUUGGUUGUUCUCCGAUAAGACCGACGUGGUCGCCCUGCGAAUGUACAACGAAGCCAUCGAUGCCAUUGAUAAGCAUCUGGUGCAAAAGUCACAGUCAGGACUGGUGUAUCUGGCGGACAUGCGCUACGGCCGCCUGGAGCACAAGAUGGGACACUUGGCCUGCUUCUCAGCGGGCAUGUUCGGUCUGGGCGCCAAGACGAAUGCCCACGAUGAGAAGAGAGCCGAAAAGUACCUGAAGCUGGGAGGCGAUUUGGCGCACACCUGUCACGAGUCCUACGCGAGGACGGCCACCAAAAUUGGUCCGGAGGUGUUCUGGUUCACCGGGGAUUUGGAUGCUCAAAUUGGACGACGCAACGAGCGCUACUACAUCCUUCGCCCUGAAGUUAUUGAAGGCUGGUUCUACAUGUGGCGCCUGACGAAAGAUCCAAAGUACCGACAGUGGGCGUGGGAUGCUGUGGAGGCUAUCCAAAAGCACUGCUUUGUCCCCGGCGGCACCGGCUACUCGGGCAUCAGCAAUGUCGACAGUAAUGAGACUACCCUCGAUGACGUUCAGCAGAGCUUCUGGCUGGCAGAGACGCUGAAGUACCUGUACUUGAUCUUCUCAAAUGAUGACCUGGUUUCACUGGACACCUGGGUCUUCAACACCGAGGCCCAUCCACUUCCCAUUCGCAAUCGCAAUCCGGCUUUUCCUCCCAAUGCCAUCACCAAGGUCUAG